AUGGCGGCAUUGGCGGCCCAAGUCGCGGCGCUGGCCGCCGUCCUCCUCUUUCUCCCUUCCCUCCUCGCUCCCGUCGCCGCGCAGCAGGGCAAGGCCAAGGCCUUCUGCAUCAGCCAGUUCGCCAUCGCUAGUCAGGCUUGCUCCAUCCUGCCGCCCAGCCCCCCGGAGGACGACCAUCACCACCACCACGAUGAUGACGACGACGACGACGACGAUGACGACGACGACGACGACGAUGACGACGACGACGACGAUGACGAGCACCAUGGCGGUGACGGUGACCGCCGCCUCCGUGGACGCCAUGGCCACGCGGCGGUCAUCAACAUCUCGUCCCUUGGCCUGAUGGCGGCAAACAACGACAGCAGCGGCGUUCACGUUGCAAGAAACGGCACAGGUCACCAUGGCGGCAACCACACCCACCGCGGGCGCGGGCGCGGACGCGGGCGUGGGCGUCUUCGUGGUACUGGACGCGGCCGGCGUGGGCGUGUGCGCGACGGUGAUGAGGACCCCGAUCAUGACGACGACCACAAGGAGGACCCCGACCAUGAUGAUGACCACGAGGAGGACCCCGACCACGACGACGACCAUGACGACGACGACGAACAUGAUGAUGAUGAUGAUGACGACGACGAUGACCACGACCACGAUAACGACGACCACGAGCACCACCACGACGAGGAGCUCCGGGCGUACCGCGACUGCUGCCGGUGGCUGCAGGAGGUGCAGAAGGACUGUGUGUGCGAGGCGCUCCUGCGGCUGCCGCCGUUCCUCGUGAAGCCACAGCACAAGUACGUCGUCCGGGUGGGGCGGACGUGCCGGAUCGUCUACCGCUGCGGCGGCGUGUAGCCAACUGGCCGGUUCACACGUUUGGUUAACUGCACUCAUUGUCCCUGCUUCCUCUCUACGAUUACGUGGAUGUUUUGCUCUUCAGUCUACAUAGAUGGAUAAUUAGGUAGGCAGCACGUAUGGAUCGGGUAUAGUUUUUCUACCUAGUAUUGUCCUCAAAGUUUUUCGAUGUGCUUCCAUUCCGACAGACUAAUUGAUAAUAA